AUGGCGCAAACGGGCUCGCGCAAACGAGGUCGAGCGACAGCAGAUUCGGUCGACUCUGAUCAACCCAGCAAUUCCAAAAGAGCCAAUGCGGCGACGAGGAGAUCAACAAGGUCUGCAAAAGAUCGUGAAGCCGGCAAGAGCCUGGGUGGGAAAACCUUACAGGGUGCCAUCAAAGCAGCAAAGCAGAGUCGCAAAGGAGCAGUCGAUGCCAUCGAAGAGAUUCGAGCAAAGGGAGACGAAGUAUUCCUCGCAAUUGAUAGCGAGCGUCGCAGAUUCAAUGAUGGCCAUCGCGGCAGAGCAGACGGAAGCUUUGCCGAUUCGCUCGCUACCGAGCGUGCGCUACACUCGCAUGACCCGAUCGCGGGCUGCGAGGCCUUUGAAGAGGCCAAGAGAGCCCUGCAGAAAUUCCACUUACUCAUGGCUCGCUACGACGCCGUCGACAGACAAGCUUCGGGUCCUGCAGAACCACGAUGGAUGCGCUGGAAGCAGGACGUCGUCGACCUUAACGCCCUCAACGGCAAGGCCAAGAGGCUCGCCCGCCAGAUGACAGAAGGACACUUGGCUCCGACUGGCUGGCCCGACUUGGCGGGUCCGCAGACGGGUGGUGAAGAUCAGGAGCUGGCGCAGAUUGCCAUGGAGAUCUUGGACGAGGCGAUGCCCAAGGGCACCGCAACAUGGGGGACCGCGGCGGCCCAGCUCGUCGAUGUCUACGGGCGCAUGCUCAAGGAUACUUUUUGA